AUACAGGUGCAGAGACAAAUGCUAUUAGCGAGGUCGCCAUGGAGAGACUCAUCCGAGAAGGGGCCGAAGUCAAGAAGCUCGAUGAAAAAUGUACCGCUAUUAUGGCCGAUGGCAACCCUAUAAACGAUUGUCCGGUCUAUCGACUCCGCAUUGCACAAGCUGGAGAGUCUGUUGAAGCAUCGGUUGUUGUCAUCAAGGGACUAACAC